AAACGAACAUCAAUGUCAUGUCAAGUUGUCAAUGUCAUUUGAAUUGCCCGCAUGUUUUUGCUUGUUUUAUAAAACUGCUUUUUUUUCUGAAAUGAUUAGUUAAAUAAGUACAAGAAAAAUGUUUAAAAUACCAGAAUGGGAAGAAGAUACCAAAAAACCUAGCAUCAGCUAUGUAAAUAAUAUAAAGAAACAGCGGACAACGAACAAAAAGAAAAUAGAAGUAAGCAAUAAUCAUACUGCCACAAAGAAUACUGUAGACAAUAAAGUUGUAAAAAAUGCAGAUUUACUUCUAAAUGGAAAUAAUAAAACAAAACUCAUUAAACAGAAAAACAAUUUGCAUGAUAACAACACUUUGAGGAAUAAAGUAAAUAAGAACAAGAGAAAGCAAAUAAAAAAUAAGAAUUUAUCAGAAUCAAUUAAAAAUAUUGAAGUAGAAAAUGGCAACACUGGCAGCAAAAAGAAGCGAAAACAAACAAAAAAGAAGAAAACUUCGGUAUCAGAUAAUAAUGUUGACGAAAUGGAAAUAAAAAAUAGUGACGAUGAUAAACUAGAUGAAAUUCUACUUGAUGCAAGGAAAAGAAAAUUUAAUGAUAAUUUUAAUAAUGAAGACAGUGAAGAAAUACUUUUUAGUCAAGAAACAAGUAAAACAAUAAAGCCAGAUAAUACCCAAAAUGUUACAACUAAAAAAGUCUUAAAUGGUGUUCAAACAAUAUCCAAAGCUUCUCAAAUUAACAGAAAACUAAGCCAUAAGAAAGAAAUCAUAAAAUCAAUGUUAAACAAAGUCAAUCAAAGGAAUCACAUAGAAGUCAGCGGGAAUCAGCUCCGGGAAAGAAUGCUGAAUAGACUCAAAGCUGCCCAGUUCAGAUAUUUAAAUGAGAAGCUGUACACAUCAAGCGGGGGGGAAGCUCAGAGCCUGUUCCAGGCGGACCCUUUGGCUUUCCACACAUACCACCAGGGCUACCAGCAGCAGGUUAAGAAGUGGCCCGUCAACCCACUCGAUGUCAUUGUUAAGAAAAUACUUGAAAUGCCUAAGACUCACUUGGUAGCGGACAUGGGCUGCGGUGAGGCAGCGCUGUCGAGGCGGGUGCCGCAGCGCGUGCGCUCCUUCGACCUGGUGGCGACACACGCGGCAGUGGAGGAGUGCGACAUGGCGCACACGCCGCUGUCUGCCGCCAGUGUCGAUGUGGCGGUCUACUGCCUCGCACUCAUGGGCACCGACCUCACACAGUACCUGCUCGAAGCCAACAGGGUACUGAAAGUCGGGGGUCAUCUCCUGAUAGCGGAGGUGGAGAGCAGAUUCGAGGAUGCGGAGGGUUUCGCGCGGGAGGUGCAGCGACUGGGCUUCAAGUUGCGUGAGCUGGACAACCAGCACCAGGUGUUCUUCUUCUUCCACUUCAUCAAGGUGCAGCAGCCUCCAGUCAAGAAGUCGAAGUUGCCGCACCUCACUCUCAAACCCUGUUUGUAUAAGAAAAGAUAAACUAUUAUCAUAUUA